GGGCUGGUUUAGGUGUUACUGGUCAGUUGUUAUAAUGAGCGGUUGCUAGUCGGCCACCCGCCGAGCAAGUUUUCGCACGGUCACGCCCCCCGGCCCGAUACCCCAGACAUUGUUUUGGUCGGCCAGCUGCUGUGGCGGUUAGGCUUCAGCGGCUUUCCCCGAAACGGGAGGUUGCUUGAGCGCGAACAGCGGGCGGCGAAGGAGAAAUGGACUCGGUAUUUGUGACAGUCGGUACAACCAGCUUCGACAAGCUGAUCCGAGAAGUGUCUUCGGAAAAGGUGACACGGAUUCUACAAGAUUUAGGCUACAGAAAACUGAUUCUUCAGAUCGGCCGUGGUAGUGUUGAACCAAAGACUAUUGUUGGAACAAAUUUUACUCUUGAAGUUUAUAGGUUCAAGAACUCAAUAGCAGAUGACAUUAAAAAUGCUACACUUGUUAUCAGUCAUGCUGGUGCUGGAAGUUGUCUGGAGACCCUUGAAGCAGGAAAGUCACUCAUUGUUGUCAUUAAUGAAGAGCUGAUGAACAACCACCAGUUGGAACUAGCCAAACAGCUGCAUAUUGAUGGGCAUCUCCUCUACUGCACUUGCAGCACACUUUCUGAAACGUUACAGAAAUUGGACUCCACAUCCCUGAAACCCUUUCCUCCAGGACACCCAGAAAAAUUUUCAGCAUUUUUGGAUAAAGUCCUAGGAUUUCAAUUAUAUUUUUUAAGAGUGGAAAAAAUAUAUGUUGCCUUAUGGCGGGGUGGAGAAAUGCAGAAGGGGGUUAGAAAAUACUUCGGCCAGAAGUCUCUGAAUGAAGUGACGAUGGAUGAGUAUCUGAGCAGCCAGGGGUUGUAUCGAAAACUCACCGCUAAGGAUGGCUCCUGCCUGUUCAGGACCGUCUCCGAGCAGCUGUUUUUGACUCAAAUGUAUCACUUGGAGAUCCGAAAAACUUGCAUUAUUUACAUGAGGGUGAACCGAAGUAAAUUCGAGACAUUUAUCGAUGGCCCUUUUGACAAACACUUGGAACGUUUGAGUGAUCCGAAGGAAUGGGCUGGAAUGUUAGAGAUGAGUGCUCUAUCACUGAUGUACAAUUGUGACUUUCUAAUUUACCGGUAUCCUGGAAAAUCACCCACCCAAGCUACAAAUAAUGGAUUUGAGAAGACGAUCUUACUUUGCUGUUCCAACAAUGGUCAUUAUGAUAGUGUGUUUACAAAACAGUUUCAAGGGCAUGCAGCUGUUUGUCAAGCAAUUGUGUAUGAAGUGCUGUACAGAGAUGUCUUUGGAGUGGCUGAAGAAGAACUACGAGCUGCAGUCGAAUUGUUCCGCAGUCAUGGCAAGAAAACCAGAAAGAGCAGUAACUCUAAAGGAAAUGGUGAUAUUGAAUAUCUUCCUGAAAAAGUUGUGCAGAAGAGUGACACAGGAAAUAGUGACCAGGAAGGCUCACCAGAGGAGAAAAUGGCAAAACAAAGUGCAGAAGAAAUAAAGAAUGUUGAUGGGCCAUCAAAGAUGCCAUUUCCCUUUAAGGUAUUGAAGGCAUUGGAUUCAGAAAUUUAUCGCAAUGUGGAGUUUGAUGUCUGGCUCGAUAGUAGAAAAGAGCAGCAGAAGGUGGACUAUAUGGUGGUUUCUGGAAGGCAGUAUUGUUUAGGUGACAAAUGUCAGGUGAAACUUGAGCAAGGAGACAAAUACUACAAUGCUCAUAUACAAGAAGCAGGUCAAGACGGCAACUCGGUGACUGUCUUCAUAGAAGAACUAGCUGAAAAGCACACUGUUCCUUUGGCAAACCUGAAGCCUGUGACCCAAGUGACACCGGUUCCUGCCUGGAAUAUUGUUUCAAACAGAAAAGGUGGAAACUAUCAGAAGAUACCUAGUGGAUAUGUUUCUGAGUUAGACCUUGACCCAAAGUCACGCAGACGAUUUAUGAAGAAGAUUCGUGGAAAGCAGGUUUUUAUGGCGUUUGCUUAUGGAAGGGGUCAGGCUAUGCUUCCUCCACGUCUGCAACACAGUCUUCCUCCUGGAAGAUCUUCUCUUCCUCCAACUCAAAGUGGCAGUUUUGCUCCUUAUGACCAGUACAGGGUCCCUCCUCCAACUCAAAGGAAUGGAAGAAACAACUAUGCUCCAUCCCGGAAUCAGGCUACUCGAUUUGUGGGUCAACAUGGCUUUGUUGAACCUGACUACAUCUAUGGCUUUGGCUCAGGAAAGGGAUGUUAUCAACAUUAUGACAAUUUCACCUAUAGAUCUCGCAGAAGUCGCAAACCUAUUCAGUAUGUUAACAAAGAUUGCCAGUUUGGCUAUGUAACGGAGAAUGAGGAGGAACCAAGAGCUACUGAAGAAAGUGUCUCUUUCUAUGAAAUUGAAGAAGGAAAUGAGGCACCCUUUCCUGUUGUACAUAGCCAGUCUGCUUCCCCUCCAGUUUUACAAGCUCCAGCUGGGUACUGGGUGACUAGAAGGGGAACCUCUGUUUCUGUUGCAAAGCACGUCAAUUCGUCUGAAGAUGCCGAUGAGCCAAGUGAUGGUGGAGAAUAUCAUGAAGACUUUAUUUAUGCAGCGUCAGUCAAUUCAUUUACAGAUUCAGGAUAUUCCGAUCCAAUGGUGUAUAGUGCAACAGAAUCGACAGCUAAUCUUACUAUUCAAGAAGGAUGUUUUGCUGCAGAGUCACCCCAGGAGGGCCAGGUUGCUGCACACUUCAGUUAUUCACAACAGAUGGUGAAUUCAUCAGUGGUAUCUACAUCCAGCUGUUCAGCCCCUGCUGCAGGUUUCUCCUCGAACUCGACAGAAACGAGCCAAACAUCAGUAACUUACACAACAGUGCCAUCGCAGACAGUUGCAUCACCUGUCCUUGUACCUGCUCAUCCUGCAGGACACCCAGGCCCCCCCAUUCCAGUCAGCGAAAUGGCUGAAACUGUUGGUUCUCCUACACCACCGCCACCGUAUUCCUGUGAUCCCAAUGGCAAUGAUCUUCCUCGAGAUAGAAAGGUGGUCCAAUAUUACUUCAACCUUGGCUUGCAGUGUUGCCACCAAAACUAUUGGCACUCUGUCUAUAUGCCACAACAACAGCCAGUGGAGUUUUACCCAGUCUUUCCUGCUGCUUCCCAGUUUAUUGAACAGUCAACCAUGCCACAGCCAUAUGGUGAUAAUGGAAGAAGUGAUGACCAUCAAGGGACCUCUGACACAAUGUCUAAUGGAUCUUACACUACUAUGGAGCCUCAAACUGUUCCUCAUUCAACUAUAUACUAUCCAGUACUGGCUGACCAAUACAUUCCAGCACCUGCUUAUGAUCCAUGUGUCCCUGCAACAUCCACACUUCAUUAUGUUGGUGCCUGGUACCCAACAAAUCAGAUGUGUAACAGUUCUUCGAGGUUGCAGAGCCCAGCACCUCAAGCUCCAGUAAAUUAUGUUGGACCUGCCAAUCUGCCUACACAUUAUGUAUCGCACUGAGAGUACAAUGAAAAAGUUUGAAUUCUAUACUCCUAAUUAGAGGUAGAUUGUUUACCCCCUUGCCCACCCUAACCACUAUUGAGCAUCAGAUUCUCUAUAUGCUUUAACUCGGAUUCAAGACAUCUUCCACCUUUCCUCUGCAUUUGCCUGAAAUAUUUGUAUAUGUGGCCUUUUAUUUAAACAGCUGUUCACAUCUCAAGCCUGAGACUAUCUCACUUUGCAGUAAAGCUUGCAAUUGGGUUUACAGGCCAAAAAGGGCAAAUGUUGCUUGUCAGUAGAUGUGCUUUAUGCAAGUUCUUCCCACUGUGCAAUAUCAACAGAAUUUCACCUUCACCUUGAAUGAAGUCUGUCUUCUGAAACCAGUUGAAGGGCCACCCUUCAAAGAGAACUUAUUCCAACACUAUAUUGUACUGUUUCAUCACUUGUUUCCCCUGUUUAAGUUGGUUGAUUCCAGCAUAUAAACUGUACCGCUUCUACCUCAUGUUUAAAAUCUUUGUUGUUUUUGAGAUCUUCAGUUUGUAAAAGCUUGUAUAUUUUUGAUACUCAGUUCAGGUUAACAUGUUAACUUUUGUUUGCCAGUUUUGUGCCAGAGAAUAUUUGGCAUAGACUCUUUGUUUUAGACUGUUGAUGAUUGCUCAGUUCUGGAGUAUAGUUCCAAUAGAAAUGCUAUGUGGU